AUGAAAAUCACGAAGCACAUGCAAACCACCACUCUUCAUCUUCAUCUUCUUCUCAUACUUCCUAUUGGAUUUUUAUGCAAUGGAGAACAGAGCAAGAGCUGCAUGCAGAGUGAAAGAUUGGUACUUGUCAAGUUCAAAACAGGGCUUCAAGAUCCUCACCACCUUCUAUCUUCAUGGGAAGGUGAAGACUGUUGUACAUGGAGAGGAGUUCAUUGUGACAAUGAAACUUGGCAUGUUGUCAGCUUGGAUCUUCAAAGCAAGGCUGUUCCAGCGAGCAGGAAUGGCAACAAGCUUGGGAUUGCCAGCAAGUUGGAGGAGAAGAUUCGCGGUGGAGAUGUCCUGAUCAGCGCGCCAAGCGACAGGGUUAUGAUCACAUGUCAAGGCUUGAGCUUGAAUCGCUUGGACUUGAGUUCUAAUAAUUUCAAGGGAACAGAGAUUCCCAGCUUCUUUGGUUCACUCACUGGUUUGAGUUAUCUGAAUCUCUCUAAUGCUGGUUUCAUUGGGAGGGUUCCUCCUCAGCUUGGUAAUCUCACAAGCUUGAUUUAUCUUGAUCUCAAUUCAUUCUAUUCCAUGCAUGAUUUACAUGUUGAUGAUAACCUUCAUUGGCUUUCUUCUCUUUCAUCUCUGCAAUAUCUUGACAUGAGUAGAGUUAAUCUUGCUAAGAUUUCUUCUGAUAAUUUGUUUCAUGCUGUUAACAUGCUGCCUAGUCUUUCAAUUUUGAUUCUUCCAAACUGCCACCUUCACUGGCCACAGCCUUCCUCUUCAAUACGUGAUGAAGAAGAUGAUCUUGAUGAGUCUGAAAUGUUAUGGUUAUACUAUGGCAAUGUUGUGGGCUAUGUGCUUGGUUUGUGGGCGUUACCACCACAAAAUAUUCUAGUGAAAUCAGUACUGAUGAUGAAGCAGAUCAAUGGAUAA